CCAGGUGAAGUGUGUGAAGGCAAGACAGUGUCUCGACAGCACCCAACCGGCGACAGUCCAAGCAUCCAAAACGUGUCAGCAUGGGGCGACCACCCAACAUUCUCCUUCAUGCUGUGCUGUUCACAGUGAUAUGGACAGUAUCUGCCGAAGACCUUGAUACCGCUUUACACCGGUCUAGCAUCAUCCCAAACCAGUUCAAUGAUAUGAGUAUCUUAAAACGAGACCUUUCACAACAAACUAAUACAAACUCCUACAAGACUGCCAUCCCAUCUUGGAGCGUUACCACUUCGAGAAGAUUUGACACCUCCUACUCAAUAACAUACUCAUUCACCUCCACAUACUCAACUGAUUUGACCACAUACAAAACUGAUACAAUCUCAUACAUGACUGAUAUAACCACAUACCAAGUCAUUACAAUUUCAUACCCGACUGUUACCACCACUACUUCCUUACACACAACUAUUAUGUCAUACUCGACUUACACUUCUUCAUACACAACUAUUACUACAUCAUACAUGAAGUAUACCACUUCAUUACAUUCUUAUAGUACUUCCUCAUUACACACUUUUGUUACAUCAUCCUAUAGCACCACAUAUACAACGUACACCACAAAGCAGUUUGUUAAAUCACGUCCAAGUGUUAAAACCAAAUAUACAACUAUUACCACAACAUAUCCCGCUGUCAUCACCUCAUACCAGACUCAUACAACUACAUACAUGAAAACUGUCGCCAUAUACACAACUUUUACUACUUCAUACACUGCAUAUACCACAUGUCUAACCAGUGCCAACUCAAAGACAUCUUUAUCAAACACGAGAACUACCACCUUGUAUAAGACUAACAGCAUGUCAUGUUCAAAUGUUGUUCCAAUAAGUACUAGUAUCCUCUCCAUCACAGUUACUGAAACUCUGUAUAAGACAGUUACCACUUCAUACCCAGGCGAUACUUCACUUUCCACCUAUGUUACCUCCUACCUGACUACCACUACAAACAUGGCUACCGUAUACGAAAUUAUUACCUCAUUCACAUACGAUACCACCUCAUCUAUCACUCAAACCACUAAAUACCCAAUAAAAGGAUCAUCCAAAAGUAUUACCUCAUCCAAGAAAACAGAAAUUCAAACAACUAAGAGCACCAAAACACAUGAAUUGGGGUAUGGAAGUGUGUAUGUCUCUAUGAUACCUGGUAUUGAUCUAGUCGAUAUCAGUGGCUGCAUAAUCGGAGAAUGGUACAAGAAGCACCUGAACAUCCCAUGGGGUUCACAUCACGUGGUGCAUCACUGGAUACUUUAUACAAGGCCACCACAACAAAAACCUAUCGAGCCAACAUGCAGCACAAUGACUCAGAUCUGCACCACAACCAUACAUAUAUGGAAGACUACAUCUGUCACCAAAACUCGGACCCACACUGAUUGGAACACUGUAUCUGUCAAAAGUUGGAAAACUGUAACCUUAACAGGGACGAAAACUAAUCAUCAAACUAUAACUUCCAACAAAUGGGUCACCACAACCACAAGAAUAUACAAGACUUACACUUCCACUAAAUGGCAAACCAGAACUGCAUACAAUACUAGAACCAUAAGUCUAUGGCGGACUAAAACUGUGACUGGUAUAAAAACUUUAAGUGUUUGGCAAACCAGUUUUGUGCACCUGACAACACAUUCAAGAAUUUGGAAGACCAUAGUCUCAACUUCAUGGAAAACCAGAACCACUUACCUAACUCACUUAUCAACAAAUUUUGUGACUAAUACAGUAACCCAAACUAAAACCAAUACUAAAUUGGUGACUACAAAUGUGGUACAGACUACAACUAGCAAAAUAUAUUCAGUAAUAACAUCAUCUCAAUGGUACACCAAAACCGCAUAUGGAACUCGAACCUCUAUGCUUUAUCAGACCAAAACUAUGACCCAAAUUACAACCACUACUAGAUGGGUGACUGCAACUGUGACACAGAGCACAACUACGACUAGAUAUUUAACAAAAACAUCAAUGUUGACAAAAACCAAAUAUCAAACUCAAACCAUAAGAAAAUGGGUGACUGCAACUGUGACACAUACUAAAACCUCAAAUGUAUAUUCUGUGAAACUUUCAACAAUAUGGCACACCAGUAUGUUGACUCUCACCAAAACAAAAAGCACAACUGUGACUUCAAUUAAUACCCAUACUGCAAAAAAGACAUCACUGGUAUAUAGUACAACAUUUUCACCAGUUUGGCUUACCAGAACUACAAGUAUAUGGCAAACCAAAACUAACACUCAAAUCGUCACCUUACGUGAAAUGAAGACCACAACAGUUACUUAUGUAUACACAACAUACUCAUGGUCCACCACAUUUGUAACAGGAACAACCACCCAUACCACAUGGACAGGCUCAACUAUUACCCCUAGCACAACCAUCAUGACCAGAACAUCUGAUCUAUGGAUAACCAAGGUCUCCACCAUAUUCACGACAAUAACUCAUGGUAAACUGCUAACCACAACCUUGAGCUUGUGGCACACAAAAACCAAAACUGAGACUAAAAUCAUUACAUCAGGUGCAUGGAUAACCAGAACUGUUACUAAAACAAUAACCGCCACAACAUGGCCUGCCACUUUAACAACCACCUCCCACAUAUGGGUAACCUUGACUACAACCAGUACUUUAACUAACAGUAAAUAUAUAACUCAAACAUCAAGCGUAUGGAAAACCACUACUUCAGUAACAUAUCUGACUAAAACAUCCAGUGUUUGGAAAACUACAACAAAGAGUCUAUGGCAAACUAAAACUGUUACUAAUACACUGAAUACAAGUGUAUGGGUUAGUAGUACUGUGACACACACUAAAACUAUUAGCAUUUCGCUAACUGUAACUCCAAUAGUGGAUACUACUACUCUAAUUACAACAACAGUCACUUACCCUACCACCACUGUGACUCAUACCGUGACCAAGAUUACGAGCACAAUCAACACUCAAACCAAUACACCUUGUAUCACAUGUGGGACCAAAACAGUCACAAGCAAGACUUCACAAGUAUGGUCCACCUCAUACACACUCGUUGUUCCUACAACAACCAUAGCAAUCUCCACGUACACCCCCACAAGUGUAAUUUGGACCAAAGUUGACAUCAAUACCAUAACUAUUACUAGUACAUGGACUUAUACAGGUUGUAUGACAACCAUUUUAAGUUCCUGUUGGGCAAGAAGUGGUCUUUUAAGAUCAAUGAACUCUUGCUUAACAUCCACCUACACUCCAUGUUUGACAACAACUUUAACACCACAGCUGACAACCACUCUUGUUCCUGGUGCUCAAAUAGUACCCCGGUUCAUGUCCACAACCAUAUCGACGUGGCUGACUACUAGCCUAGUUCCAGGAAGAGUAACAACCCUGACUCCAUUUUUCACCAUGUCUUAUAGCAUGUUAUACAACAUAAACCAGGACUUUCCACAUAAAACAAUAUCCUCCAGUCAACUUAUGACCUAAGCCCCAGCACAAAGUGUGGCUCAACAUGUGCUCCAAGAUACCCACAUUAGCGUGGUCUGAGGAGCCUAUUGGGAUGAAAAAGACUGUUACUAUUUGUUCUUGCUUUGUAUUCCUGUAUUUCCUUGUUACUGGGUAAAUGUCUGAUUCAUUGACCAAAUUUGCAUUUUACUCUCUGCAUUUAAGAAGAGCUCUAAUCUGGAGGAAUUUUGUAUUAAACUCAAGACAUAUUGCUUGCUAUGAUAUAAGAAAUGUCCUUAUUACCUUGAUGAAAUAUUUCCAAGACGUCAACACGUACGGACAGUGAAAUAAGUACCAGUGUGCCAUCAGUGUAUUUGUAUUUGGGUUGAGGUGGUGAAGACAGACAUGUACAGAACAUCAACUAUCACUAACAAGAUAAGAACAUAUAAGAUAGAACAAUAACAAUAAUAAUUGGCUUUAUAUUCUUCUAUGUAACUGUGUGGUUUGAAAUGCACUACAUAUAUAGCAA